CAGCAGCAUUCACUGCGCGAGAACCCUUUUCCGUGAGGACGGCCAUCUUCUCUAUUCGUUCUUGAGAGGAAGUGUUGCAACAGAUAUGGCUGACUACUCGAACGUGGCUCCGCCGUCGGGAAAUGGCGCAGGAAUGAACGACGCUUUUAAAGACGCCCUUCAGCGUGCUAGACAGAUUGCUGCUAAGAUUGGGGGUGAUGGCGUACCCUCCGCGCCCUCCAGUAACGAGUUUGGCUACGGAGGCCAGAAACGGCCCCUGGAAGAUGCCGAUGACUGUUGGACAAGUAUGAACGAUAGAACUCGUCUGGAGGGGAUGACCUCUCCUUUUUCAGACCAACCAGAGACUAAAAAGAUGGCGCCUAAUGAUCCGUUCUCCGCAGCCAUGGGAGGGAUGGGAGGUGGAGCGCGCUCAUCAUCGGAAGAGUUCAAGGUCCCAGAUGGGAUGGUGGGCUUCAUUAUUGGAAGAGGUGGGGAGCAGAUAUCCCGAAUGCAGCAGGAGUCAGGCUGUAAAAUACAGAUCGCCCCCGACAGUGGAGGAAUGCCCGAUCGCUCAGUCACUUUGACAGGGUCCCCAGACGCAAUACAGACCGCCAAGAGGCUGCUGACGGAGAUAGUGGAGAAGGGCCGGCCCACACCUGCCUUCCACCACAACAGCAGUAACGAGGGAGGCCCGGGGAUGUCUGUGCAGGAGAUUCUGGUGCCGGCCUCCAAGGCCGGGCUGGUCAUUGGAAAGGGAGGAGAAACCAUCAAACAGCUCCAGGAACGGGCCGGGGUGAAGAUGGUGAUGAUCCAGGAAGGCCCUCAGAACACCGGCGCUGACAAGCCUCUCCGCAUCUCUGGAGAACCCUUCAAAGUCCAGCAAGCCAAGGAGAUGGUGAUGGAGCUGAUCAGGGAGCAGGGCUUCCGGGAACAGAGGGGCGAGUAUGGGUCCAGGAUGGGCGGCGGAGGCGGAGAAGGUCUUGACGUCCCUGUCCCCAGGUUUGCGGUGGGCAUUGUGAUUGGUCGAAACGGAGAGAUGAUUAAGAAGAUCCAGAGCGACACUGGGGUCAGGAUCCAGUUUAAACCAGAUGAUGGGAGCACGCCAGAGAGGAUAGCCCAGAUCAUGGGUCCUCCAGACCAGUCCCAGCAUGCAGCCGAGAUCAUCUCAGACCUCCUCCGGAGUGUCCAGCAGGGGGGUCCGGGGGGGCCUAACGGCGGAGGCAGGGGUCGCGGCCGGGGAGGUAAUGGGGGAAACUGGAACAUGGGUCCCCCUGGAGGAUUGCAGGAGUUCACCUUCACCGUCCCCACCAUGAAGACCGGCCUCAUCAUCGGCAAAGGUGGGGAGACCAUUAAGGGCAUCAGCCAGCAGUCGGGGGCUCGUAUCGAGCUGCAGAGGAACCCACCCCCCAACGCCGACCCCAACAUCAAGAUGUUCACUGUCCGGGGGUCCCACCAACAGAUCGACUACGCGAGGCAGCUGGUGGAGGAGAAGAUCGGGGGUCCAGUCAGUCCGAUGGGUGGUCCUCACGGCCCUCCAGGGCCUCAUGGGGGCCCCUCUCCCCACGGGCCCCCUGGUCCUCCUGGACCCCCUGCCCAGAUGGGUCCCUACAACCCUGGCCCUUACACCCCGGGACCCCCCGGCCCUCAUGGCCCCCCUGCCCCCUACCAGCCUCAGGGUUGGGGGAACGGAUUCCCCCACUGGCAGCAGGGACAACCGGAUCCUGGUAAAGCAGCAGCCGAUGCCAACGCGGCUGCCUGGGCAGCGUAUUACGCUCAGUACCAACAGCAGCCUCAAGCCCCAAUGGCCCCAGCCGGAGGAGCCCCAGGAACCCCACAGGCCAACGGGCAAGGUGAUCCCAAGGGACCAGGUCACAGUGGACAGGGAGAUUACUCCAAAGCCUGGGAGGAAUAUUACAAGAAAAUGGGUCAAGGCCAACAGCCACAGGACUACACCAAGGCAUGGGAGGAGUACUACAAGAAACAAGGUCAAGCGGCCCCCCAGGCGGGUGCAGCGCCGGCAGCAGCAGCCACCCAGCCCGGCGGGCAGCCUGACUACAGCGCCGCCUGGGCCGAGUACUACCGACAGCAGGCUGCAUACUAUGGCCAGGGCAACCCCCAGGGCAUGGGAGGACAGCCACAAGCACCCCAGGGCCAGUAAUGUGACGUGGACAGACAUAAAGUGUAUGAAACAAAAGCCUUUGUUAAAUGUGUUGGAUGCAGACGCCUU